AUGUUGUUGACGUUUUCAUCGGAACAGCAUCCGGUUUUUAAGACAGGCUAGCUUGGAGAAACGGGAGGGUACGGCGAAAUUAUCUACUUUACACCUCGAAGUACAGAAAAGAUAGCUCGGCCGGGUCCGCUCCUCAACAAUGGACGCGGUUUUUGUCGAUUUGUCCCGUAUUCUCGGUCUGUCUUUUGUCGCGAGCUCGGCUAGUUAGCACAGCCGGCUAACUGCCCAAUUAAACACCGACAAGUGCUCGGCAGCUUGUCCGACUGCUUGACGAAGGAGAACUGUCAAGAGGAGGAAAUAAUUUACUAAUAUCUAAGAGGGUUUACCAGAGUGAUGAGAGGAGCUGGUAUGAACGGGAUCUCCCGAUGUCUGUUGGUUUGACUCCUGGUUAAAUUGGCUGUAGAUUGUGUGAAGUAAUAGUUAACGUAACGUAAAGUGAGCGGUUUGUGGAGUGGGAUUAGAAACACAGAAAACAAGACUGUUAAUUCGGUCUUGCUUGUUUUUGUUUACAGUAGAUGAAACAUAAUAUGUCGUGAUAACUGAGAAGGGUAGGAGUUUACUCGAUCGCUGUUUUGUGACGAUAAAAACAAGUAGCAGUGUUGUAAUUAUGUUAUUGUAAUCAUAGUUAGAUUACAUGAUUUGAUUGAGUGGGUUUGCCUUAGGAAAGAGUUGAAUGUAAAGUCAGUCCUUUACAUGUCAACGUGUCACACCUGUGUACAGUAGGUCCGGGUGACAGCUUGGAAGAAUAAACAGCUGUGACUCAUAAACCUGCUCACAGGACUGGGAGCAACUUUGCACUACAAUUAGCCUAAUGCCUGGUACAUCUCUAUCAGUUACACCUCAUAACUGGUUACUUGAAAUAACAUUCCUACAAAUUAUGUGAUUACAGUUUUGGCUGUAGUUGCAAAUAUUAUAGCACGCAUUGUACAUAGUCAUCCUUUAGUGUUUUUGGUGUUGAGUGGUGCUCAGAAACAGCUGGAUAGUGCCAUGAUGUUCUCUGUACCUGCUGAUGAUUAAAUGGUACAUCUCAGACAAAGCCCCAAAGUGCUUUAACAUGAUCUCAGAGGUAUAGCAUUAAUGGGAUGGUGUAGAUUUAUGUUUCUUAGUUGUUUUGUUAGUUUGAGCUGUUUGGUUAGGGCAGUGGUAAUGACAAGCUAUUUGCUCUGUGACUGACUGUGAGCCAAACUGGUUGUAUGUUUUUUGCUGCCAUCUUUUCCACCCACCGCAAUGCCGGCUGUACUGUUCUGCCUGAUGCUGCUUGGAGCAUUAUGCAGCCUCGGACAGGCCAUGUCACGGGAGGAGAAGCACAGGUUAAGGAACCAAGUGAUUGAGAUGUUUGACCAUGCAUAUCAGAAUUAUAUGGACCAUGCAUACCCAGCAGAUGAGCUGAUGCCUCUAACAUGCAGAGGAAGAGUACGCGGGCUUGAACCCAGUCGAGGUGACGUUGACGACGCUCUGGGAAAGUUCUCUCUGACGCUGAUAGACACUCUGGAUACUCUGGUGCUCUUGAACAAGACGACAGAGUUUGAGGCUGCAGUGAGGAGGGUGCUGUCAGAUGUGAGGCUGGACAAUGACAUUGUGGUGUCGGUCUUCGAAACCAACAUUCGAGUUCUUGGAGGGCUGUUGGGAGGACACUCCAUGGCUGUGAUGCUAAAGGAUGGAGGUCAGCACAUGCAGUGGUACCAGGAUGAGCUCCUGCACAUGGCUAAAGACCUGGGCCUCCGACUACUGCCAGCCUUCAACACCAGUAGUGGCCUGCCUUAUCCCAGGGUGAACUUGAAGUAUGGUGUCAGAGGUCCUGAGACAAGAACAGGCACAGAAACAGACACCUGCACUGCGUGCGCAGGAACCAUCAUCCUGGAGUUUGCUGCCUUAAGUCGUUUCACUGGUGAUCCUGUGUUUGAGGCCCACGCCCGGAGAGCCCUGGACUUUCUGUGGGAGAAGAGACAGAGAAACAGCAAUCUGGUGGGAACCACGAUCAACAUCCACUCUGGAGAGUGGGUCCGCAGGGACAGCGGAGUGGGAGCGGGAAUUGACUCAUACUAUGAAUACCUGCUAAAGGCUUACAUCCUCUUGGGAGAUGACCUGUUUCUGCAGCGGUUCAAUAUUCACUAUGCUUCCAUAAUGAAGUACAUUAGUCAGCCUCCACUGCUGCUGGAUGUCCACAUCCACAAACCUCUGCUUCCUGCUCGCACGUGGAUGGACUCUCUGCUGGCCUUCUUCCCUGGACUGCAGGUGUUGAAGGGAGACAUCCGUCCUGCCAUCGAGACUCAUGAGAUGUUGUAUCAAGUUACAAAGAAACACAACUUUCUCCCAGAGGCCUUCACUACUGAUUUCAGGGUACACUGGGCCCAACAUCCCCUGAGGCCUGAGUUUGCAGAGAGCACCUAUUUCCUUUACAAGGCCACAGGGGACCCUUAUUACCUCGAGGCAGGUCGCACCAUCCUGGACAACCUCAACCGCUUUGCUCGCGUUCCCUGCGGCUUCGCUGCAAUGAAGGACGUGCGCACAGGGAGCCACGAGGACAGAAUGGACUCAUUCUUCCUCGCCGAGAUGUUCAAAUACCUCUUCCUGCUGUUUGCUGACACGGAGGACUUACCGUUUGACGUGGAGGACUAUGUCUUCACAACCGAGGCCCACCUGCUGCCCCUGUCUCUCUCCACAGCCCCUCACUCUUCAUCUAUUCCUUCAAACAGAACUUCAGAGGAGGAGCUGGAUGACUCUAACUUCGACUGGACCUGCCCUAACACUCGCCUUCUGUUUCCUGACCCCGCCUUUCCUCGCAACCUGAGAGAACCAAUCCGUAGUGCUGUGGACAAGAGCUGCCCCCGGCCUGCUCCUUACCGGGAGCCCGGCAUGGGUCGUCCUCCCCUGAGGGCUCAGGACUUCAUGGCAAACAACCCUGAACAUCUGGAGCUGCUGCGGAGAAUGGGAGUCAGUCUUAUCCACCUGAAAGAUGGCAGGGUGCAGCUGGUCCAGCAUGCCACACAGGCGGUGAGUGCGGUAGCAGCGGAGGACGGCGUGCGCUUCAUGCAGGAGAUGAUGGAGCUGUCCAGCCAGCAGCAGAAAGAGCAGCUGCCUCCAAGAGCCAUUCAGAUCGUCUCACAUCCAUUCUUUGGCAGGGUUGUGCUGACCGCCGGCCCAGCGCAGUUUGGCACAGACCUGUCCAAAAGUUCCACAGGGGUACGAGGCUUUGUGACUGUGGCUGAACCCUACAGUGGCUGUACCGAGAUCACCAAUGCUGAGUACGUCCAGGGCCAUAUUGCUCUGCUUCAGAGGGGUCAGUGCAUGUUUGCAGAGAAGGCCCGACACAUCCAGAAGGCUGGCGCCAUCGGAGGCAUAGUCAUCGAUGACAACGAGGGCAGCAGCAGCGACACAGCUCCCCUCUUUCAGAUGGCAGGGGACGGCCGCAGCACGGAUGACAUCACCUUGCCUCUCCUUUUCCUCUUCCACAAGGAAGGCAACAUCCUGUUGGAGGCGCUGAAGGAGUACAGGGAGGUGGAGGUGCUGCUGAGCGACAAAGCCAGAGACAGAGGUGUGGACGUGCAAGAAGCGGAGGAAGACUGCUUAACCGAGGCAACAACUCCCACCUCGUUUGAACCUGUUAGCCAAUCGCAAAUGAGCACGCUGGAGCAGGACGAAUUGGCUCCUGAGGAGGUUACUCCAUCACAGGAGGAAGUCAGUCCUGUAGAUCAAGACACUAGUCCUGCAGAGGAGGUCAGGCCACCGGAAGAGGAAGCCAGUCCUGCGGGGGCAGAGGCCGAUUUGGCACAGCCCAAAGAGGAGAGAGACUCUGAGAAGACAGAGGAGCCUGAGGGCGACACAGACUCAAGCAACCAGUCAGUGGAUGAACUGCUGGCUGAUUGGCGGGAAGACUUGGAGGCUUUCCAGCAGAUGGAGAAGGAUGAGCUCUGACAGUCGUCGGGCAUGUCGUGCCCUGUGACUGCGGUUGGAUCCCACUGUGGAGAGAGAAACCUGGAGGGGACGCAUCUUCACAAGUCUCCAGUGUCAAUCUGGUGAACUCAGAGGAAGCUGGGGAGAUGUCUGUCAUGACCGUUAGUUCUCUUGCUCUCUGUGGAUGGUUAUCACGUGCCAAGGCAGCCCACAUACUGUAUCUCUGGACCAUAAGGGAGUCCUGUUUAGCCUGGUAGUUCAUGGAUGAGAGACCAGGGUUCUUACCUCAUGUUCUCAUACAGUUUCAGUUAAUCUGUCAUAACGAAGCCUAAUGAAUGACAUGGACCAGACUGUGUGUAAAACAGCGUCUCACUUCCACUCCAAAUUACUUCUCUGUUCUUCUCUCUAUGCAUUUCUAAAUCCUUUUUGCUCAAACGAAUGCUGGUCCAACAACUACUAAUUAAACCAUCGACCAAUUAGUUUUAUUUUAAAUGUGAUGAUUAUUUGUGACGAUACAUUUACUGUCUUUGUGGUCCUGGGCCUAAAUCAUUAUGUACACACUGAUGUGAAUUAAGGACUUAAUUCACGUGGGGAUCGGUGACAUCGAAUAAGCUGCAGGAUCUUUUUAUGGCUUUAUGGUAGACAACCUCAACACCAAACUUGAUCUCUCUGGAGGAUAUAUGAAGUCAUCUGUCAAUGUAAAUAUGUAAUUGUCGAGAUAUAGUGACUGAAACAAAUAUAGCGCUGCUUUGCUCAGGUUCUGGUUCCCCCCACAAACCUCUGGACCACAUCGGGUGGAGCAGACACACCCUCAGCAGCGGGAUGGAUUACACACGUUUAAGCCGCCACAGGAGGGCGCUAUAAGAUCUGUCUGUCAUGUUUUAGCUGCUGACUGAUUGGAAGGAGCAGUAAUAAGCCAAUAAAUUAACAUGAUGAAAUUAAAUAAAAAUUAAGAGGGAAAGUGGGAAGACUGGCUUGAUUAUUUGACU